AUGGUUCCAAAUCCGGUAAAGAAGUAUCCGGGAGGUUUCCCCCUCCCAGACUACUUGUUCGACGAGCCUCGCUUCGAGGAGCCUUUUGAACCAGGCUCAAGCUUGGAGGAUGAAACUCCAUUUGCCGUCGUUCCUAGAUCAUCAUGGAGUAUUCGCCCCCCAAAAAAGCAGAUCCCAAUGGUAUUCCCAAUUUUGAAGGUGAAAUUUACAAGUCAAGACGUCUAUCAUUAUGACGAGCAUCUGACAAAAGCCUUGAGGGCGAUGCAGGACUUCCAUAUGGACAAGAUGGGGGAAGAUGACGUGCCUUUUAAUUUCCUUGUGGACGAAGGAGGCCUUAUAUACGAGGGAAGAGGGUGGAAUUCCGCCCCUUCAAGAGGAAAUGAUAUUGUUGAAAUCGCUUUUCUUGGGAAAUACGAUGGACCUUAUGAAAGGCCGUCCUACGAGAAGUGUGAUGCCGCUCACAGCCUCCUUAUGGAUGGAGUACGCAAGAAAUUAGUAGAUAUUAAUUUCUCCAUUUAUUCAAUGAGGAGUAAGUCAUCUGUCCCACCAAGUGCUCUUGAAUUCUUCCCAAACCACGACAAUUCAUCAAUACCUGUUAAGGCUCCUUGGGGAAAUUAAACGCCUUAAAUGCUUCUUCUUUUA